AAGUUAGUAUCUAUAUAUUAUAUAUAAGACUACUUUCAUAACAUAUACAUAUCAAUAUUAAUCCUCAAUUGUGUUAACUUGUGUAGCAUUUCAGCUUCCUAACUUAAAAAUAAUGGAUCCUAUUCAACAAUCAAAAGAAAAGUGGAAGGGCAAAGCCAAAACAAAAUUACAAGGAUGCAAAGUAGAACAAAUAUGGCCACUUUUAGAGGAUUUUUUUGGCCUAGACAAAUGGUUUCCAAGUCUCUCUACAUGCAUUCCUCUUGAAGGAAUAUCAGGUAAACCAGGUUGUAUUCGAUUUUGUGCAGGUUUCAAGACUCCAAUAGAUGAACAUGACAAACAAACUUUGAAUUGGACUAAGCAAAAACUUCUUUCAAUUGAUCCAAUUCAAAGGGUAUUUAGCUAUUCAAUUGUAGAUGGAAAUGUUGGAUUUCAUUCCUAUGUUUCAACUCUUAAGGUUGUGUCAAAAGAUGAAGGUUGUGAGAUUGAGUGGUUAUAUGAAGUUGAACCUGUUGAAGGUUGGAAAUUAGAGUAUCUUGAUUAUUUUAUUAGUUAUGGUUUGGAUGUGAUGGCUCAAAGAAUGCAAGAAGCUUUGAAGACUAUGGAAGAUGCACUUGGAGCUUAAAAUUGAAGUAGUCAUCACUAUAUAAUCACAAAGAUAUGUUGUAAUAAUAUCUUUUAAAUUUUUAUAUUGUUAUCUGGAUUUGAUAGCUCAUAUUGUGUUAGAAUAUUAACGAUUUGAUUUAUGAAUCAAUAGUUAAUAUUAAUUACUUUUAAAGAAGUCAAAUCUCGUGUUUACUCGUUUUUA